AUGGGCCCUUCUGACCAUGUCUUUGAUGCUCCCAGCAUCCCAAAAAACCCGUGGAAAAAGCUACUUUACCUGCGACAGGAAGAAUAUCCCGACAAUUAUGUCGAUCAUUCCUUUUUAGAGAAGCUGCAGAAAAACGUAAAUGUGCGAAGAUACUCUUACAUUCCCCUGAUUAUCUAUCCAUGUCAUUUGAUUAUACAUGCCAACAUAAUUCUUCUUUUUGUUGGCCUCUUUAUCUUUCUAUACUCAGAGAUGAUAAAAAACAAUCUUUUGCUCCUUUUUUUUAAUCACGGGGCUGCCCUUGCCGGAUUCAUCUUCUGGAGCCUUCUUGAUGUGGCUUCGGUAUCUCCAGCUUUCACCAAUAUCUGUUCACCAUCCUUUUGGUGCCAUAUAAACCUUGUGCAUUCGUUUAACUGCUUCAAGCGGUCUUUUUUAUUCUUUUUUAUCUUGUUGGGCUUAUCUCCGAUCUUGAAAACACUUACAAAAGAUACAAGCUGCGAUACCAUUUGGGCAGUGUCGACAAUUUUGUUUUUAAUUAACCUUGGGUUUCAUGACCACUCAUUUGCAUCUAUUGACCGGAAAUCCGAAAGCAUGAUAGCAUUGAACGCAGGGAUUUUUGCUUCUGCACUCCUGGCAUCUCGCCUCAAAUCAAACGACCAGGUUUUUGGUCUUGUUUCCAGUGCCGUAUUGUUAUUUGCCUUGAUUCCAAGGCUAUUGCGCAUGGUUCGCGUAUGUUAUUACUUUUAA